GUAUUUAUAUAAACUCAGCUUUCCUUAAGGCCAAUGUCCACGUUAAAGCCAAUGUUAGAAAUUGGUCUGAGAGACCUCAAAGGAAGAAAGAAUUGACCAAUCGCAUUGGUCAUGUGACCAAAUCAUUCAAAUGUGAUUUGUAAAUUUUUUCUCUAUAUGAAAUCUUGAUUGAUUUCUAGCAUAAUAGACAUUGGGCUUUAGGAUAUUAAACCUAACCUAAAAUUAUUGACGGUACACAAGUGUGACAAUACAGAAAACGGAUUUUUUAUUGUCAUCAUGAACAAGAUACGUCGUCUCGAGAGAACGUUAAUGCAUUUGCGAUCUCUCGGCGUUCUGAGAGCGAGUUCCUCGUCCACGAGAUGUUUUAGCACGAGUAAAGAUUCAGAGGAACAAAGCAAGAAUUCGUCUGUGGAAUCCAAUAUCGAGAAGAAACCUGCAAUACAAGUAAAUGAGAAUGCAGAAGCUGUUCAGGAAUCUGAAGCGAAAUUGAGUGGUUUUGCACGAAGUUACGAAAAAUUCUCGCACAUUGAUGAUAAAAAACCAGAAACGCCACAGACAUUUGUUUCCUUAAUUCGCAACUCCAAAUUUGUCGAUUUGGGUGAUCCGGAAGGAAAAGUCGUAACUGGUGAGGUAUAUCACGUGGUUGGUGAUGAUCUGUAUAUUGAUUUUGGAUGGAAGUUCCACUGUGUUUGUCAAAGACCUGUCAAGAAUGGACAAUACUAUGUGAGAGGAUCUAAGGUUCGAUUAAGGAUAAAGGAUUUGGAACUUUCCUCCAAGUUCUUAGGUGCUGAAACGGAUAUAACUCUUCUGGAAGCUGAUUGUACUUUAAUCGGCUUAAUAUCGUCACCUUUGAAAAUGACAGAACAAAGAACGACAACCAGAAGACUGAGAAUACGAGAUAUUUUGUAAUUAUUAACGUUAAUUUUAUAAUAUCUAUGUUAAAUAAACUAUAAAAUAUUAUA